GACUAUUCCGUAAACUUACGCGACCGGCUUGUCCUCCUCGAACCAGUACUCCUCGCCGUAGUCAAAACACAACUCCUCGCCCUCCUUGAUGGGUCGCGUCGAGACGAACCAGACCCGCGGGCCCUGCGUGUAGCCCGAGUAGGCCAAGCUUUUCACUCUCAGAUUCGCAUCAGAAGAGUGGUUGAUGAAGCGGCACCAGUUCGCGAACGCCGGGUCCUCCGCGUCCACAUAAAGGUCGUCCUCCACCCUAAAUAUAUAAUCCCCGGACACGGUAAUGCCCUUGAGUUGCCGCGACUUCCGCCACAACUUGUCCUUCCAGUCCAUUUUCGACUUUUUGUACCGUACGUCGACCUCGGCCUGCGUGAGCUGCUCGCCCACGUAGUCCGCGAUCGUGAUGUCUUCGUCGAACGCUUUAGCUGCAAAGGCGCCGAAGCCCUUGCCCGGGCUACUUUUAACAAUGAUACCGGCCUCCUCGCAGCGUCCUUCAUCGUCCAAGUCGGACGUGCGCAGGCGCUUCGGCAGUUUGCUGUAAAGCGGUUGCCGUCGUCGCACCGAGGCCGGCGUCGGCGCGAAGGCGUCGACGGCGAGCCCUGCGACCAGGAGGUGCAAGGUGCGGCGCAUUGUUGACGAGCUGCUGUGCACUGCUUGAAGGAGAGAGCACAGCCUAGGCUUCGACUCCAAGCUGCAAAAGCGGUCGCUAGGGGUACGAUCUGUUAAUUUGCAGCACGAUUACGCAAGACUGACGGUUCACUUGCUUGCAACGAGGCUUGCAGCGCUGCAAAGUGAAAUGACGAUC